CCAGCAGGCCUACAGCGCGUGCGUACCUACAAUAACAAUAAUAUCACGGCGAUGUGCGUAUUUGUGGAACUUAAAAACGAAUGUAAAAAAAAUAUGUCAAAAAACGACGAUUUGGAGUACGGCCACGGGCAAAACAAAUAUUUGGCGGAAACUCACGAAUGCCACCGGUCCCCACUACACAUCCAGACCUGCUGAUCAAACAACCGCAGACCAGAUACGUUAAUGUUCCUCUACUUCCAUUCUAGUUUAAUCGAUCGUUUUUUUUUUUUUAUCCGCUACAGGUACAAUUUUCUAUGAUAAUAAAUCGUUAUUAUAUUUCACCGUAAAUCCAUGAACGUAAAAAAUUGAAAAGUGUGACAACCAAAUAGCGUAUUGCCCGCGAAUUAUUUGAUCGUUAAACGCCGUCCGGGUUAGGUGACUAAUCGUACACGCCGGUACUUAAGGUUCGAGUAUGGUUCAGGCGUCGUUAUUAUUAUUAUUUUCGUUAAGUUUUACUUAAAAUUGUUAUUUGAUCCUCGGUUAAGCACGAUGCUAUUUACCACUCCAGCUUUCCUUAAAGCCACAUGCAUGUGCAUUAUCGCUGCAUUGGGUCAUGUCGAGACGAAGGCAAUCAUGAAAGAUGUGAAUGAAACGGAAAUGUUUUACUACGAAAUACGCCCAGAACUUUUUAACUGGACAAACGGAGCAGAUACCAAGUUUGUGUUCACACCAUCCUUACAAAAUUACCCAGACUUGCUACCUUGGAUACAUUACAAAUUCAACAGUAAAAAUAGACAUGGAUACUUAUACGGAACACCGCCCGCGAACUUGUUGGAACGGCAAAUCCUAUUGGACAUUAUUGGAUUGAACAAAAAAACAUACCAAGUUGAGACACAAAUUAUCCAAUUAAACAUUUUUGAAAAAUCUGAAUAUGCAACAAAUGAGGUUAGAUUUAAAAUUAACAAUUUGAAUGUGGAAGACAUGUUUCACGAAGAACGCAUACCAUACUUACUAGAUAUAUUUAGACAAAAUUUAUGGUUGGGUAGUAAACAGGAUUUGUAUGUUACGUUUCUAGCAUCUGCUAGUGAUUUAGGACAACGAUUACCAUUAGACCCAAAUGAUACAGAGGGUGUUGUUGUUAAUUUAGGAAGCUCAUCAAAUUUUUCAACAAUAUUAUAUGAUCUUGAGAAAGAAAUUAGCCCAUUGCAAAAAAUGAAUAAAUGUCCAAAGGAUUUUAAAAGAACAAGUGUAGAACGAUAUUUCCGAGCUAAUGGCUUCAAUUUGGACUGGUGCAGUUUCAAACUUGUAGAGUUGACUAUUUUUAAUCACAAUCACACUAUCAAUGUUCAAGACAAAAAAUCUAAAACUAACUAUGCAGAAGAAAAUGUUUGGGAAUUAGUGGAAUCUCUACAAUACAGUCAGUCCAUGUACACAGAUACUACAAAAUUUAACAUAACAUUACUUAUUUUUAUAAUGUUUGUGGUUGGGUUAAUUUUAAGUAUUGGUAUCUUUAGAUGGUAUAAAAAAAAAGUUAUUUUUUUUUGAAAAUAUACAACAAAAAAUAAAUAAAAUCAAAAUUA